AUGGUCACAGGCAACUGUGAUCCGCGUCGCUUCGACCCUGCUCGGUACAUUAAUGACCACCAGACAGCCGCUGAAGCUGCGAACAACCCUGACGCCUCAAAACGCGAUCAUUUCGUCUUCGGCGCUGGUCGGUGUCUGUGUCAAGGCAUGCACAUCGGCGAGCGGUCACUAUUCCUUGGCAUGUCUCGAUUGCUCUGGGCCUUCAACUUUCGAAAAGCUGUCGAUGCUGAUGGUAAGGAAAUCUUGCCUGACGCAGACGGUCUGACAGAAGGACUGUUCGUUCUGCCGAAAGCCUUCCCGGCAAAGAUCGUACCGAGAGAUCCUGAACGAAUCAAGACGAUCAAAGCUGAGUGGAAGAAGAUGGAGGGGUUGCUGGAUGAUAGCUUGCAAUGGAAGACCCUUCCCGAGGGCAUGAUCUGGAGGAAGUACGAGCAAACCGGCUCAAUCUGA